UCUCGGGGGGGAAAAAAAGAUGAAGUUUCUUAAAAUACCGCACGGCUGCGCCGGAGGAGAGCCAGGCGGCAGAGUGUUGCGGGGAACGUAGCAGCAAGACAUGAAAAUCCUCAAACGGAAGAAUGACAAGUAAUUACUUCAGGUGUCCAUCAAGUCGUGUUUGAAAAUGUCAGUAUGGGAUCAGACAUGAUAGAUGUACAACUUCACAAUAUGCAGAAAAUAAUUACUCAUCCCAACGGUGCAGAAAAAAGUGUGUGUGUGUGUGUGUGAGGGGGGUGUUUGUAUGUGUGGCAUCGAUACCUCACACUAGGCCUUGUGUGUGUGCCACAGCAAUUGCACAGCAGGAGCACUAUUGUUGCCCGGGUUUCAUUUCGAACAGCCAAAAUGUCAUCGUCCAGCUGGAGGUGGAUUUUAUGUGUUUCAGCAAGCGGCCACAUAGACGCGCACGCAUACAUGCGUACACACACACACACACACUGAUGCCUGCAAGACCGUAGUACAAGGUUACAAUCUAAAACACAACAACUAGAAGCCAAGUCAAGAGGAGGUCUGGCCUCUGACGCAAAGCUCCUGUCAUUUUCUUUAGAGAGCACGACAAGCAGUGACAUAAGAAACACUGCAGCCAGCGUGAACGAGGCAUCUGAAAAGUCAAUGGCUCAUUGUUGACUCUCAGUCAUCAUCACGGGUUUUGAAGAGAAAUUCUGAAAGGAAUGAAGCGAAACUCUGUCACAAGCCCUUAAAUCCAGGAAAACAGUGCCACACAGAUUUAUUCUCUCACCCCGUGGUUGCUCCGGCACAGACGUGCCCCGUGAAGAAAGGAAAGAAAACCCGGGAUUCGAUUGAUCGUUAAUACCGGCGGGGCGGCCGUCUCACGACGCCUCACGACUCCAGGGUUCCCCGGUUCCAUCCACAGCCCAUGUGGGUUUCCUCUGGGUUCUCAGGUUUCCUCUCAGCGACCGAAAACAUGCCAGGAGGGUGUAUCGGAGACCAAAUUGGCCACAGUGUAUGAGCCAGAUGAUGAUGUUGGUGCCCCUGAACCAGUGGCAGAAGAGGAGGGAGGAAAUGACAUGCAGAAUGAAGAUGAGGGGUCUGAAAAGACCAGCGCUAAGAUUCCUGAGGACAAGGAAACGGACAACAAGAGCAGCUACAGCUUCCAGAAUUCUCCUGUAAGUGUCUUGUCCAACCAGGAGGUCGAACUGGAGUCCCGUCUGAGUGAUGGCAGUGAUAGACUGUCUGACUUCAAGGCCUCUUCCCCACCAGAGAGCCUGAGGGACAAUGAGAAUCAUGGUUCAAAACCCAAAGAUGAGAUGUACAGUAGCCUUGAGAAAAUGAGGGCAACUUAUGUCAACUUCCUCUCAGACUCCUACUGGACAAAUAUUGGACUAGACCUUAAGGUUGGUAACACCGGCAGCAAGCCAAACUGCGACAGCUCCAAUGCAAGCACUAAGCGUGAGUUUGACUGGCAUCAGGAUGCACUGUCCAAAACUUUACAGCAAACACUGUCCCCAAAACCUGUGUCUAAGCCCAACCUGUUCAGCUCUGUGCACCUGUACAGACAAAGCAGCAAAGCAUGUGGUACAGUGUUCACAGGGGCCAGUCGCUUCCGCUGCAAAGACUGCAGUGCAGCAUAUGACACCUUGGUAGAAUUGACCGUGCAUAUGAACAAGAGCGGUCACUACCAAGAUGACAACCAUAGCAGACAAGGAAUUGCCUCCACUUCAUCUUCCAAAAGUCGGAAGAGGAACCUACAAGACAUGGAAGGCAAGGAGGAUGCCCAAAAAGUGCUGAAAUGUAUGUUUUGUGGCCAUUCUUUUGACUCUCUCCAAGACCUAAGUGUCCACAUGAUUAAAACUAAACAUUACCAGAAAGUGCCUUUGAAAGAACCUAUUCCAGUAAUCACUCCUAAAUUAGUUCCACCAACAAAGAAGCGUGCCUUUGAAUCUACAAGGCCUUGUUCCCCCGACUCCACCACCGGUACCAUAGGCUACAGUGAAGCCCAAAGGUCAUCUGGUCUUACAAACGCUCCAAACAACCGAUAUGGCUAUCAAAAUGGUGCUAGCUACACAUGGCAGUUUGAAACAUGCAAAUCCCAGAUUCUAAAGUGCAUGGAAUGCGGAAGUUCACAUGAUACCCUUCAACAGCUGACCACUCAUAUGAUGGUCACUGGUCAUUUCAUCAAAGUGACAAACUCCGCAUCCAAGAAGGGUAAACAGUUAACUCUUGAUCCAUUAGCAUUAGAGAAGAUGCAGACACUAGCGGAACCCACUUGUAAUGAAUCUGAGGGACAGAAGGCCUCGCCAAAAACUACUGCCUCUGGGGAUUCUCAGAAAAUGUCCCAAAAGGUAAAGAAACCUGACCAAGAAGAAGAGAGAAGUAAGGAUGAGCAGCAAGAUGGGGCAGAUCAAAAGUGUACUGAUGCUAGUUUUAAAUAUCCAUACCUACGAGAGGAGGACCUGGAACAAGGGGCCAGUGGAGGGGGUGAUAUACUGAAGUCUUUAGCCAACACAGUGGCUACAGCAAUUAAUAAGGCACAGACGGGGACACCCAGCUGGAGUGCUUACCCCAGCAUACAUGCAGCUUACCAGCUAUCAGGUGUAAUUAAGAGCGCCCCUCUUUCUGCGUCUCCCCCCAUACAGGUUAAACAGAAUCACAGCCACAGAUUGAGGCUCAUUGCCCCCAAAGGAAAGUUUUAUCAGGGACUUCGAGGACAUGAGAGUUUCCAGGGACAUCACAAUCCAGACAUCAAAAAGGAGAGGGGAGGUGUAUCUGAUGACAAAGAGAGCCAGAACAGCAAGUUUGAUCUGGCAGAGAAUGAUGACAGUGAUUGUCAGGAUGAUUCCUCUUCCUCUUCAAAGCUGGAUGCAGACUGUGUAAGUGAAGGGAAUGACACGAUCAAAGGGAAGUUGAGCCCAGCUUUCUCUGACACAGCCAACCCUUCACCAAGCCCUCCUGCCAGCAAUGGGCACAGCAGUUCCUCAGACCUUGUCAGCGACUCUCAGGAAGUCCCUACUAUAAACCCUUUAAGUGCACUACAGUCUGUCCUGAACAAUCAUUUGGGGAAGGCAAAUAAGCCAAGGCAAGAGGGUGUUCUGUCUCAACGUAUCCAACCUAUAUUCUCAGAACUAAGCCGAGGCCUUGAGAAACCUGGCUCAAUGCUCACGUCCUCUGCUGUAAUCAGGGCCAACAGCAACUUCGUCUUCACAAAUAAUGACCAGCCAAUAGACUUAACAAAAAACAAACACAAACUGAGUUCCUCUCUCUCGUCACAGUCCUCCACUCCUAUGCCUCAGAAACAUGCACUGUCUGACAUUGCUGAUAUGGUAAAGGUUCUUCCCAAAGCCACAACGCCAAAGCCCUCAAUACCAUCCAGAGUGCCUGCAAUGAAACUGGAGUCAGACGUGAGGCGGUUCGAAGACGUAUCCAGUGAGGUGUAUUCUGUCCACAAACGUAAAGGCAGGCAAUCAAACUGGAACCCUCAGCAUUUGCUCAUUCUUCAAGCCCAGUUUGCUUCCAGUCUCUUUCAGACCUCCGAGGGCAAGUAUCUUCUCUCCGAUCUUGGUCCUCAAGAACGGAUGCACAUCUCCAAGUUUACCGGACUCUCUAUGACUACCAUCAGCCACUGGCUAGCCAACGUUAAAUACCAACUUAGGAAAACAGGUGGGACCAAAUUUUUAAAGAACAUGGACACGGGCCAUCCAGUCUUCUACUGCAACGACUGCGCAUCGCAGUUUCGAAUGCCGUCCGCUUUCAUAUCCCAUCUUGAAUCCCAUCUUGGCUUUCAGAUCAAAGACAUGAGCAAACUGCCAGUCGAGCACCAGACAAAGGUAGCAGAGCCUGAACUGGCGAAAGCUUUCAGUGUUAGAGUGACAGAAGCACUGGUGACAGAAGAAGACAUUGACUCGAAAUUCAAAUGCAAGCUUUGUAGUCGGACAUUCGCCAGCAACCAUGCGGUCAAACUUCACUUGAGUAAAACUCACAGCAAAUCUCCAGAGAAUCAUUCACAAUUUGUUGAAAUGGACAAAGAGUAGCUUGGUUGGUUUCUACUAUAUAUAGUUUUGUUGUUAAUAAUUGUAAUUGCUCUGCUUUUCUAUAUAAAAAAAAUAAUAAUAAUAAUAAUAAUAACGGGUGAAAAUUAUUUUUUUUUCAUGUUACAUGUAGCAUUAAGUAGUAUGCUCAUGAAUUUAAACUGAAACAUUUCAUCAUGUUAAGGACAAAUGGACACUGGCUGGAUUUAGAAGGAAGUGUAAGUAAAUGCAUUGCAAAAGAUUUUGAAAUGAAUCCAUUGACAUAAUUCUUUGCACUCUGCUCAAUUGCAUCACCAGUAAUGAACUGUAUUAUUGCUUGAAACAUAACUGCUGAUGUUUGCAUGCGAUAGCUCUGGCUAUGACUAUUUAUUUGUAUGAUAUGGCAAGUUUUAAUUGUAAUACUUUUAACAGCAAAUUGAUGAUGCAUUAACUAUAAGCUCUGAUGAUGCACCUGAAUUGACAAAUGUUCAAACAGGUAGCCAAACACACAUUUCCACCAAAAAAAAAAAAAAAAAAAAAAAAACCCAACUAAAAUGCAAAUAAAAAAAUCAUAAUAAUAAAAGGGGGGGGGGGAUAAAUGUACAGUACAUUAUUCUGUAAAUAUUUGUGUUGCAAUGAUAGAACAGAAAAGCACUUUAAUAAAUGUUUAAUCACCAGUUUAGGCUCAGAUUCGGUAUGUGAGUUAACAGAUUUAGACAACUUUGACAUAAAGAUGUCUCACAUCGAUGUGUAUAUAUAGCACUGCAGAAAAAUGUGUCUCAUCAAACCGAGGAUAGUGAGACAGAACGUACUGCACCUUUUAUACCAGUAAAAAAUAAAUCAUUAACAUUUUUCUA